GAUUGAGUUGAAUAAAAAAUACGGAAUUCUUAAUGGAGCGUUCCAAGCCAUUUUUUUUUGUAUACUCAAAGUAAUGAUUUUUAGCAUUAUAUUGCAUCAAAACAAUCUUAUGCAGUGUUCGCGUUAUGAAAAAAGAAAUGUUAAUUAGCUCGCGUUAAUUUUUUCGUUCGUGAGGUGUUUUGUUUGACAAAAAAAAAGAAGGUGCUUUUGGAGUUCAAUUAAAAGGAGGUCAAAAAUAAAAUAGUCGAUAGUGGUCGGAGUCCUUGACGUGUUGCGUCAAAUUGGAAUUUACUACAUUUAUUUGUCAAUCGUACUCACUUUGGAUUUGAGUCAAUUUGAUUCAUUAUCGCGAAUUUGGACCUUAGCGAUGAUUUGGUGCGUGUAUUAAAGAGAAUGAGCAAUUCGCCGUCUACGAUGAUGUUUCUAACAAUGAUGCGGUGAAUGUAACUGCACUUUAUUUCUGCUUCUUCAUUUUCUUGUUCCUCACUACUGAAUGGACCAAUUUUGCUGUGUCGCAAGUCGUCAUUUAUUCUCGUCGACUUCGUUAGCUUGCAUCGAAACCUUUUAGGCCCUGACUGCAAGAACUUAAAUUGAAGAAAGAAGAAUUUUUCAGUGAAGAUUAAUUAAAAAAAAAACACUCACACAAAACAAAAAACAAAAUGAGCGUCAUAAUUAGACUACAAAAUUUGGCGUGGUCCGCAAACGCCCUGGACAUCCGCCAAUUCUUUCGCGGACUCAGCAUACCGGAAGGCGGCGUACACAUCGUUGGUGGUGAACUUGGAGAUGCUUUCAUAGCAUUCAGUACCGACGAAGAUGCGCGACAGGCGAUGAUGAAGGACGGUGGUAAAAUCAAAGAAAUGAAGAUAAAAUUACUCUUGAGUUCAAGAACGGAAAUGCAAAAGGUGAUUGAGGUGGCGAGACAGCAGAGUUUGUCGUUACAGACAUUUAUGCAAACAACAACACCGGUGCCAGUUGUACCAGCAGUUCCAGCGAAACAACAAUCGCCAGGUGAGGCGACACGUCGAGAAAAAGAGCGCGACACUGAAAAUGAGACGAGCAAUAAGGAUCGUAAGGAGAGACAACGCGAAAGAUCACGUUCACGAUCACGCGACAGAGAUCGAACACGUAACGACAGGAAUGAUCGUCGUGAUCGCGACAGAGAUCGUGAUCGUGAUAGGGGACGUGAUCGUGGUGGUCGCCGUUGGGAGCGAAGUCGAUCACGUGAUCGUGAUCGUGACAGAAGGGACAGAAAUCGUCGUCGUCGUAGUGAUCGUUCGAAGUCACGUGAUCGAACACGUUCCAAGGAUCGUGAUCUUAAACGUAAUGAUCGACGAAAGGAUUGUAAUGAUGAGGAGAAUACGAACGAUAUUGUUUGCGUGGGACAAUUCGCUAAGGAAAAACCGAAGAAACCCCUACCUGAAAAUGGCGUCUGGGAGGUACCACCACGUACCCAACAAAUUGGAGUAAUUGCACCAAAUAUUCUUGGAGCUGGUAUUGCCGCAUUACCAACGCAAGAUGAUAGACCAUCACCAUUUGGAAAUUCAGUUCUAGCUCAACAAUUCUCUCUAAAUGGAUUAAAUGGCGUUGGUAGUCUCAUGUCGGCUAGAUUACCAAAUCUAGGUAUCAAUCAAUUAUCCCAAUUGGGUAAUAAUUCACUCUCUGGUAAUAAUGGCAAUUCACUGAAUUCAUUGCGUGGUCCUCGUGAACCGUGGGGCGAUAAUGGACGAAUGGAUUCGUUACGUUUUCAAAAUCGUUCGGGACCAUUCGGCUCAUCACAGGAGAAUUCCAAUUUAUUUAAUAAUUCAAAUAAUUUUCGUAAUCGAAGUAAUGCGUUUAUGAACAAAGUUCAAGAAUUAGACAGCAGAAGGAAUCCUCACGCAUUUCAAGCUUCUGCUUUCAAGGGUCCAUCAUUCGACAAGUCCGAUAGAUCCAACGAUCGACUUAAUAGAAAUCCAAUUUCUCGUUUUGGACAAAAUGAUCAGUCAUCGACGUUAUCAACAAUGGACAGUGGAAAUUGCGUCGAAGUAAGAAAUAUGCCAUUGAGCGCAACUUACAGUGAUGUACGUCACGGUUUCUCCGGUCUAUUCAUCAGGAAAGAUGGUCUCAAACUAAUAAACGAUAAUCAUGGCAAUAGAGUUGGUAUCGCUUAUAUAAAAUUCGUAAAAAAUGACGCUAAAGAGCAGGCUCUUAAAUCGCCGAAAUAUGUACGUGGCUCCGAGGUUGAGGUUCUCCAUCUCGAGGAAUCGAUAUUUGACAAAACAGUCGAUUCAUAUCCGUCAUGUGAUAGAGACAAUAGGGCUAGUUUUUCACCGGUUGAAAAUGAUUUUCCAUCUGAGGAUGUAAAAAAUUCGUCGACAAUUGACGAUGAUAAUGUUCCUGAGGCGGAUGCUGUUAAGGCACCGGAAGUUGUGGUAAAAUCGUCAUAUGUUGUUCUCACUGAAUUACCAUCGUACGCCAAAGAAAUGGACAUUUCCAAUCUCUUUCAAGACAUAAAGAUAAAUGAUGUUUUCAUUAAGACAAUGGAGAAUUCCGGUAGUACAAAAUAUUUGGGUUAUUUGCAUUUCGAGAAAAUUGAAGACGCCGAGGCGGCGCUUACGAAAACUUUGAAAAUUGGACCAAAACAAAUCACGGCUUCAUCAAUUUCGGAAACUUUGUUCGAGAGCGAGAAACGUGAAUACGAGGAGGAAAAUGGAAUUCCUUCGGAAUCUGAUUGUAUUAUCAUGCGGGGACUUCCUUAUCAGUCAAACGAUCGAGAUAUUUUGGAUUUUUUCUCCGAUAUUGGCAUUGUACCACACAGGAUACAUAUGCUUCUGAAUCAAUCUGGAAAACCAGCGGGCGAAUGCUUCUGUGAAUUUGACACAUCUGAGGAGGCAAUGCGUGCAAUUGGUAAAAAUGGUUUACCCCUGGGAAAGAAUGUACCGACGAUAAUGUUGGUGCCACGUUCUAAAAUGCUGGAUACCUUGGGAAUAUCUGACAGUCAUUCGGCGCAAAUACAAAUACCACAUCAUUAUCCAAUGCAUCAUCAUCAUCAUCCAAUGCAUGAUAUGAGGCCACGUUUUCCAGGGCCAAUGCAUUAUCCACGUUUUGGCUUUGGACCAAGAGGACCACCGCCUGGAAUGAUGGGAAUGCCACGACACAUGAUGCCACCACGACAUCCUGGACAAAUGGAUCAUGUUGAUCAUGUUUUUGGAAAGCCCGGUUGCGUUGUUUCACUUGAAAAUGUUCCGUUUAAAGCGAGUAUCGAUGAGAUUAUUGAAUUUUUCUGCGAUUUUGAAAUCAAACGCGAACAAAUAAUUCGUCGUUACAAUGAACAAGGAAUGCCAACUGGCGAUGCUCGUAUUUGUUUUCAAUCACCAAUUGAGGCGCAACGCGCUUUAAGGGAAUUAAAAUUAAGUAAAAUGCGCGAUCGUACGAUAUAUAUGAAAAUUGCAUGAGAAAACCAGUCGGUGGAAGAUGACAGUGAAAUUCUUCCACGGAACAAAGACAAGUAAUUCUAAAAAAUAUUAUUUCUUGUUUGACAUCAUGUUUUUUAACUGUCUAAACGUAGAAUCUUGAUGUUUGUUCCACUUGAAAAAAAACACUAGUUUCUGUUCAAUAAACAUUGACAAAAAAGAAACUAAAACACAUUGUUAAAGAAUUACAAAGAAAAGUAGAACUUUCUUAUUUUUUUCUUCUGCGAUUGUAUUGAAAAUGGCUUUUUUUUAUUUAAGAAACUUGUACAUAAAUAUUUUUUUAUAAGUCCGAAACUACAGUCGCAAAGAAAACAAAGUUCUUCGAUCGUUAACUUUUCGUUUAAUAUACAAUAAUAAUUUUUUUUAAAUCGUUGGUUAAUUGAAUUAUAAAAUUAAUUUUACUUUUUGAAAAAGGUAUUAAAAGUCAAACUUCCAACGAUAGUGUAAAUAUUGAUGAAAAAUUUAACGAAUGUGUGAUAUAUGUAAAUUUUUUUCCAUUUUAAUCCAUCUCGAUGUUGCUUUAAUAAUUUUUGCACCAGUUUCAGUUUAAUUAAAAUUAAAGUUUAAUUUAAUUUUUAUUCUUUUAUCGUUUAAAAUGUUGAAAAAUAGAUUUAAAAUUUCUUUUUCUUUUUGAAAAGUUUAAAUAAAAGCACAUCGAAAUAAAGUGGAUUGUGAACGAUAAUGUGGAGAAGAAAAGAAAAAGAGAAUUAAACAAACUGAAUGUCUGGGAAUCGAGUGUGAGGAAUUAGAAAUUAUUGUACAAAUUUUAAGCGAUUAGUGUCAGAAAAUAAACACGAAUUUAUAUGAAAAAAAA